CCUUCGAGGGCUAGCUGUCUGCCGUCGCAUACUCAUCCCCAUUUCCCACUCUUCCUGUUGGCAGGCAGGCAGGAAACGCCCCAGCGCUUGAAGACGCAUCAGCAUGGCAGACGAAGGUGUAGCCAGCCACUACCAAGUACUGGAGGAGCUUGGCCGUGGCAGCUUUGGGGUUGUCUACAAAGCAAUUGAUAAAGCAACUGGAGAGACUGUUGCUAUCAAGCAUAUCGACCUCGAAUCGAGCGAAGACGACAUCCAAGAAAUCCAACAGGAGAUCUCUGUGCUAAGCACCUGUGCCAGCUCCUUCGUGACCCAGUACAAGGCAAGCUUCUUGCGAGGACACAAGCUAUGGAUUGUCAUGGAGUUUCUCGGAGGCGGCUCCUGCCUCGACCUGUUGAAACCCGGCAACUUCAACGAGGGGCACAUCGCCGUCAUCUGUCGGGAAUUACUCCGCGGACUCGAGUACCUACAUGCCGAGGGGAAGAUUCAUCGGGAUAUCAAGGCGGCAAACGUGUUGCUCUCCGAGACGGGCAAGGUCAAACUGGCCGACUUCGGCGUCGCGGCCCAAUUGACGAACAUCAAAUCGCAGCGUAACACUUUCGUCGGAACCCCAUUCUGGAUGGCCCCGGAGGUCAUACAGCAGGCCGGGUACGACUUCAAGGCCGACAUCUGGUCGCUGGGGAUCACAGCCAUCGAGUUGGCGCUGGGCGAGCCGCCGCAUGCGAACACGCAUCCGAUGAAGGUCUUGUUCCAAAUCCCGAAGAACCCUCCACCCCGGCUGGAAGGAAACUUCAGCAGGGAGUUCAGGGACUUUGUUGCCCAAUGCUUGGUGAAGGAUGCCGAUCGCAGGCCGUCGGCAAAGGAUCUGCUGAGGAGCAAAUUUAUACGGUCAGCUGGAAAGGUGGAAGCACUGCAAGAGCUCAUUGAGCGCAAGCAAAUGUGGGAUGCGAACCAGAACCGAGCGAAGCACCCAGUCUUCUAUCAAGAGACGCUACAUAACAUCUCCCCGAAGGAUGAGGCGGACGAGUGGGUGUUUGACACGGUCAAGUCGGUUGUUCCGAAGAGGGGUACCAUCAAGUCGAGGAAGCCGUCAUCGAUAUUUUCGGUCGAGGAUGCAAUGCGGAAGCUCGAUGUCAAGGACGGCCCGCUGCAGCCAUCGACCCCUGGCACCGUCCGAAAAUCCACGGUCCGACGCCAGCCAUCAUCUAGGGCACUGCAGAGCUCCAUUCGUCACGCCUCGACCGGGUCACCGUCGCGAUCCUCCAUCGGUCCGAAGCGCCCACUGCAGCCCGACAUGUCGUUUGGAAACUCGGGCUCUACUAUGAGGCUCUUUCGCCGAGUGCCAUCUGACAGCUCUACCACGGGACAACUGGGAGGCACUUGCGACGACUCCAAUACCAAGGAGAACCGCCCGCUAUCUGUCAUGGCUAGUCCCGUGGAGCCGACAAGCAAAGAAGCCCUGCUCGGCCGUCGGCUGUAUAAUAAAGCCCUCGAGCCUACUCUCGUCGAGCUUCACGCACAGACUGCUGCUUCCCAGAAGCGUGAGGCCCUGGCGAACCUCACAGAUGCCUUUGCCCUUCUGGAUUCGGUGGAUCCUGAAGGCAGCUAUCACUUGCUCCAGAACCUUGUCGCAGCCGUCUCUCAGGAUAAGAAGCUCAACGGCGCCUUUCUGAGGCAGCUGCCGUCGACUUUGUCGAAGACACCCCUGGAUGGUACACCGCAGGGAACUGUCGUGAUCAAGAGCCAGGCAGCAGCAGCACCGUCUGCGCUGAGUCCGACAAAGCUCGUGCUCAGCACGGCCAACCCGCACCUGCGAAGCCAUCGGAAACGCCAGGGGAGCUUUGCGCCGGACGGCAGCGGACUUGAAAGGUCGGUCGAGAGGGAGCGGGAUCGCGAGAAGAUGGCCCUCGAGGCGCAGUAUCCCGGCCGGGACGCGGUUCCCGGGAUGGAGCACUGCCAGCAGCUUUCGGACGUGCUCUAUGCCAGAUGGGCCAACGGCCUGCGCCACCGAUGGGGGGCCAUUACUGGCGCUUAAGGGCUUGGGCGGGCCUAGUGGUGAGACCCGCAAUGGCUAUUCUUGCCGAUAAUGCGGCGGAGGAGGGGAAUAUAUGUUGUUUCUGCCGGAUGGGGAAACAUAUCGACGGAGAGUGACGAGGGACGGGCAUCUCGUGGGGAUCAUCGACCAAGCUCAUGUCUCUGGCAACCUGCUUACCAGAUCCCGGAUCGGCAUUGCUGUUGAAGACAACUCUUGUUCCAGUUCACUCAUGACUUUACGAGAUCUAACGGCUUUUGCAGCGACCCAGCCAGACCUUGUUCAUCGGACACGCAUGCAUUACAAAGGCGUUUUUGUCGU